GCUCAGGACUGCCUGUCUGGCAGCAGGCACUAGGGCUGGAAUGGGGCUGCCCGGCUCUCCAUGGCAGUGGGUGCUGCUGCUGCUGGAGCUGCUGCUCCCCACUGCCGCCCCCUUCUGGCUCCUCAAUGUGCUCUUCCCCCCGCACACUACGCCCAAGGCUGAGCUCAGUAACCACACACGGCCCGUCAUCCUCGUGCCAGGCUGCCUGGGGAAUCAGCUAGAAGCCAAGCUGGAUAAACCGGACGUGGUGAACUGGAUGUGCUACCGCAAGACAGAGGACUUCUUCACCAUCUGGCUGGAUCUCAAUAUGUUUCUACCCCUCGGUGUGGACUGUUGGAUCGAUAACACCAGGGUUACCUACAAUCACAGCUCUGGGCGUGUGUCCAACGCCCCUGGUGUACAGAUCCGCGUCCCUGGCUUUGGCAAGACCUACCCAGUUGAGUACCUGGACAACAGCAAGUUGGCAGGUUACAUGCACACUCUGGUGCAGAAUCUGGUCAACAAUGGCUACGUGCGUGAUGAGACAGUGCGGGCUGCUCCCUAUGACUGGCGACUGGGGCCCAAACAGCAGGAGGAGUACUACCGUGAUCUGGCCAGGCUUGUGGAGGAGAUGCAUGCUACUUACGGGAAGCCUGUCUUCCUCAUUGGGCACAGUCUGGGCUGCCUGCACCUGCUCCAUUUCUUGCUGCACCAGCCCCAAUCCUGGAAGGACCGCUUCAUUGAUGGCUUCAUCUCUCUUGGAGCUCCCUGGGGUGGCUCCAUCAAACCCAUGCAGGUCUUGGCCUCAGGCGACAAUCAGGGCAUACCCAUCAUGUCCAGCAUCAAACUGAAAGAGGAACAGCGCAUAACGACAACGUCCCCCUGGAUGUUUCCCUCCUCGGAGGUGUGGCCUGAGGACCAUGUGUUCAUUUCCACACCCAGCUUCAACUAUACAAUCCGUGACUACCAGCGCUUCUUUGUGGAUGUGCAUUUUGAGGAAGGCUGGUACAUGUGGCUACAGUCACGGGACCUGCUGGCAGGACUCCCAGCACCUGGUGUGGAAGUAUACUGUCUGUAUGGUGUGGGCCUGCCGACACCCAGCACCUAUAUCUAUGACCAUGACUUCCCCUACACGGACCCCUUGGAUGUGCUCUAUGAAGACGGUGAUAACACAGUGGCCACACGUAGCAUGGAGCUCUGUAGCCAGUGGCAGGGGCGGCCGCCACAGGGGUGUGCCUUUUGUGCCGGGGGGCGGGCCCCCCAGCCACAGCCUGUGCACCUGCUGCCCCUGCACAGGAUACAGCACCUCAACAUGGUCUUCAGCAACCAGACACUGGAACACAUCAAUGACAUCCUGCUGGGUGCCUACCGUCAUGGCAACCCUGUACCCCCAGCUGCCAGCCCUCGGCCUUUGACCCCUGAAUAAAGACCUUCUUUUGUUGAUGCAA